AUACUUAGCUAUCAAAUAAGAAUGAGCCUUCGCUAACGCUUAGCUGUUGUUGAGAAAUGGCGCAGCGAUGAAGAUGAAGAUGAAGACCCAAUUCCAAACAACAUGAUCCUUACUUCUCUGUCACAGAUGGCGGAAACACAGCUUCCUACUCUUCCAAUCGAUGUCCUGCCUGAGAUUCUUUGUAGGCUUCCCAUCAAAUUACUCGGACAGCUGCGGUGCCUCUGUAAGUCUUUCAAUUCUCUUAUUUCUGAUCCAAAAUUCGCAAAAAAACAUCUUCAAUUGUCAACAAAGCGCCACCACCUCAUGUUAACAUGUAUACGGGACCAAAUCUCAAGUUCAAGUGAGUGGAUUUUGUGUGAUUCCCCAAUCCCAUCCAUUUUUUCUACUUCUACUGUUUUUACACAGACACAACUUUACCCUCCCAAUACUAUCACAACUUUAUUUUCCCAUGGACAGAAAUUUGUCAACUUAAGGUGCUCUUGCGAUGGCAUCUUUUGUGGUGAACUCAAUGAUAAUGAUGAUGCUUCUUAUUUUUUGUGGAAUCCUUCCAUUACAAAAUUUAAGUUAUUGCCUCCUUUCCAAAAUUCGUUUCAAGGUUUUUCCGUAAGCUUUGGGUAUGAUCAUUUCAUUCAUAAUUACAAGGUCAUUUCUGUUUCUACAAAAAAUGAAGUUUGUGUUUAUACAUUGGGGACUGAUUAUUGGACAAGAAUAGAGGAUAUCCCAAAUAAUUACCGCAUCCAUAGUAUCGGAACAUUUGUCAGUGGCACUGUUAAUUGGUUCGCAACGGAUGAUUCAAGUAUGCAUUUCAUUCUUUCUCUUGAUUUAGAGAAGGAGUCAUAUCAACAUCUUUUGCUACCUAAUUCCAAUUAUGAUUCGUCCAUGUUGGGUUUGAUGAGGGAUUGCUUGUUUCUCUCUGGAAGUAGUAGUAGUGAUAUGUUUAUGGAUGUUUGGAUUAUGAAGGAGUAUGGAGAUCAAGAGUCUUGGACUAAAUUGUACAUUGUUCCCGACAUACAAGAUCAUGGUCUCAAACCCUUUCAACCUUUAUAUAUUUAUGAGGAUGACCAACUGCUGCUAAGGUUUUAUGCAAUGGAAGGUGGAAAUAUCAAGUUGGUUGUUUAUGAUUCCAAGACUGGUACUCUGAAUAUUCCUGAGUUUCAAAACAACUAUGAACAAAUAGGCUCAGAUGUCUACAUUGAGAGUUUGAUAUCACCUUAAGCAAGGAUUCAACUGCAACAUAUACAUGUCGUCCUACUGUUUGAAGACCCACCACAUCAGUGAACACAAGUAGAUGUUGGGUUGCAGAAAAAACUUGGUGAAGGAUGCAUGAGUUUUUCUAAGAAGAUUAGAAUAAGGACGGUCUGCAAAGUAUUGAUGGAUUAUAACAAGAACACUUUUGCUCAUUUCUACUCGCUAGACUUAUUCAUGGUGUCUUUUGAUCCAUGUAGCCAUCUCCACUUAGUGGGAUAAGACUUGAAAUUGUUUGUUGUUCUUUCCAGACUUAUUUAUUUUCCUGCAUAUUUUUUUAUAUUAUCGUUCCUAUUUUGUUUCAUGUAUUCUACUUUGAGGGGAUUUAUAUAUCUGAAUAUUUUUAGUUUAUGUGUUUGAUCCUUUUUUGUUUAAUUUGGAGUAUGGUGUCAUGUGAACAUCAGUAUAAGAGGAAUAGGUCCAGUUAAUAUGUUACAACUCAAGUCUAUGGAUUGGAAAUUUGGAAUAAGAUCAAUGUAAAAGAACAUCUGGAAUGGUCAAAUAUUAUGUACGUUUUAGUGACUAUUAACAAAUAGUGCUUAAAUUACAGCAUGUGCUUUUCUGUUUUAGAGUCUAUUAUUGAUAAGAGGAAUGCCAGCAACACUCUGUUUUGAACAGUCUAUAAUACUCAUUCUCUUAUUAGUUUAAAUCAUUGUGGGUCUACACUUUAGAAAUAGAACCCACACAAAGUGGUGGGACAUCACUUAUUUGAUUACGACUACGUGAAAUGAGUUUAUACUUUAUACUAAAUUUGAAACCAUUUUAGUUAUAACAGCCAAUUUAUUUGUUAGUCUGUAGUAUGGUUUAUGAAUCAUUAUUUUAUACAGACUAACAAAUAUAGAGAAGCUGAGAUUUAGGAACAAACAAAUGCCAAGUUACAUGCAUUUGUUGCAGCAGAAGACACUGGUGGUGUAUUUUCUUUGCUUUGUUUUCUGUCUUGUAUUUUGAUUUUGAUUGUUUUUCCUUUUUAAUUUAUGGUUUGAUUUUUCUUCUGAGAAUCUAAUCAUUGUGUACAUGUCUUCAUCCAUGAAUAUGUAUACUUAACAGAAAUAAAAAUUCGAGUUAUGUUUGAGUUAUGUUUGCAUAAGACUAUGAAUUAUAUUUUAGGAGUGAGGAUAUUAGAGUGUUCUUUUAAACUGAAUGGUUUCAAAUACAGUAGGAAAUUGGUGCUAUUUUUUUCUAUUGAAGUUAAAUUGCAUAAUUCUCCAUUGAUUAUGGAACGAGUCGAGUG